AAUAGAAAUGGAGGAAGUAUUUAAAAACGGAGUGAGUAGUUAGCUGAAUAUGAACGAUUAGCAAACUAUAUAAGCUAAUCUUGUUCUUUCUAUUUCAAUCAAUCAAGUUUUGGAAUAGAAUCCUCUUUCUCUCUAGAAUUCUUUCUUCUUUUCUCUCUCUCUCUCUGUUUCUCUCAAAUUCUCUGUUUUCUGUUAGUCAACACAGUUGACAAAAUAUAGGAUGAUCAUGUUUUAAUUUAUGGAUUUGUUUAUUUUUAGGGUUUAAUUGAGGAAUUAUGUUAGUUAGGAUCUUUUAAUUGUUGUUGAGUUCUUUAAUUUGUUGAUUUUCAGACAUAGAGAAAUCAAACCUGACAGGUUGUUUAGCAUGAAUGGCGAUCUCGUCAAUUCCUCAUAGCUGCUACAAUGUCUAUUCUCAUGACACCGAAAUUUGGUUUGGAUGAUGAUGGAUCUACUUCAAACUUUGAUGCCAAACUUGUUCUCGCAACAAUGCUUACAUCACAGCUGCAUAAAAAAAAAUCCAACUGCCCUGUUCCAUUAGAUGGAGCCUUGAACGAAAAGACUAAUAAUGAGACAGGACCAGAAGCUCAGCAAGAAAGAUCAAGGGUACAAGCCUCUGCUCAUGCAUCUGAACAUACUGAAAAUCGUCUGACCUUUCAGAAAGUGCAGGAUCUUUUGAGUAUUGCAAUGCGUAGGGGAGGUGCUGAUAUCUAAAAGCAGUGACAUUGGAUUUCAACUACAGCCGGGGUCACCAAAUGUCAUAUCCAUAUCCUUUGUGCUGAUGCAAACAAUUUGAAUUGAAACAAGUCUACUAUAUCUCUUGAUCAUUCUCACCCAGAUCUUCUCUGUGUUGUGCAAGGACAAUAAUUGAUAAUGCCAACCAUGGGCUAAAGGAGGAGAAUUAUUAUUGGCUUUGAACUUAUUAUUAAGGCAGUUCUUGCUAAAGUAUUUGUCACAUUAAACUAUAAACUAACGUCAAAAUUACAUGUUUGGUGAAUGAACAUUUAGUUAUAGUGAUGUUUGAACUUGUAAUUUUCCUUGCGAUGGACGUAAAAGUCCCACAUUGAAAGAAAAUAGCAAGUAUUGGCUUUUGGGAUAACUAAUCAACUUAAAUUUAAAUUCGUUAUCAAAAUUUGUUAUACAUUUUAUUGUUUAGAUAAUGGUUAACAAAGCUUUUGGGAUGACUA